AUGACCGACAGGAGGAGGCACGUCUCCGAAAGUCUUCAAAUCGCUGGAAUCAAAAAUAGCAUGACCAGUGUUGCUUCGAAUUCUCAAAAUGCCCAACGACCCAAUACAGGACUUCAACAGCCGUUUGUCCGUGAAGAAGCACCUGGAAAAACAACCCAAUACACACUUCUCCAGCUAAUUAAUAUGGUUCGAGAAAAUCCGAUCCUCUAUGAUGAGGAAAUGCAAGCUUCUAUACCAGAUUCGCAGUUGAAAGUUCAGAAAAGAGAAAUAUGGGAUCGGAUACGAAACGAUAUCGUGUGGCAGGAUGUUUCCCUUGUUCAAGAAGUUUGGUGUGAUCUACUAGAUCAGUAUUCCAGAAAAUCUAUUGAUAUGUCCGAUAGCUUGAUUGAUGCAAUGCGAUGGACAGACUCAAUUAUCAAAAAGAAAGGAGAAUCACGUCCCCCUUCUCAGAUGAAUCCGUUAUCAUCCGGGCUCGAAAAAGACUUUUAUAACGAUGUCCCACUCGCUGACGAUGUUCUCGAGCCUGGACCGUCCCCCACGAUGAAGUAUGAUUAUGUUGUUAUCCAACCACCAUCAAUAGGACAUGUCCGGACAAGCGUACACCAACCAGUUCAGCCAUCCCAAAACAACACUCAGUAUCCCCAGAAACGGAGGUCACCGUCCCCACGGGAAACUGAAGCAAUUGUGCGAUCGUAUCCUCUUGAUUCUCCGAAAAGAAUCAAUCAUCGAAUACCAAGCCAACAAGAGCAUAAGUUGGCGACGCCAGUAAAAAAGGAGCCGAGUGCGAUGAUUUACAACAGACAAUCUUUAGUGGUUGAAGGCGAUCCGACGGCCUAUGGGAACACGAAUACAAAAAUGUACAAAGUGAUUAGGAACUCAACACAUCAAGCGACUGUUCAUGUGACACCCAAUCGAAGAAUACAUCAAAUUCCACACGAAUCGAGCAAUAUUGGAUACGAGACCAUGCCAGACCAAAUCAUUGAGCCACCAACUCAUUCCGAACCUCCGAGAAAAAAAAUUAUGAUAGACGCUCGACAACGGAGCAACACAGUAGCCGGACCAAGCUCGUCCCGAAUGCCAGCUACUCAUUCUGGCCCAAUUCAAAAUGUGAAAAUGAUUAACAGUAGUGGUCCGCUUGUUGAGGAAGACAUCAUUAUGGGGGAAAGUCGAGAAAUUAAAAUAGGUCCUUCCGGUCUCAUAAUGACGUCGCAACACACUUCUAGUGCUGGAGAUCUUGAAAUGGAUCCUUCUUCGUCGGACGAUCAGAUGCAUCAUUAUCAUCAUCAAGAUAUAGAAGAUGGAGGAGUCGUUGACGAUAUUGAACAGCAAAUUGUUGUUACUAGUGGACCGAACAACGAGAUUUCAAUGCAGUAUAACGAAGAUGUCGCCUUUCAGCAGCAUAUAAACAGCAUAUUGAACAGGCUGAGCGAUGAAGAUAAGACCCUAAUGAAGUUCAACAUGCAAAAAAUUAUUCUCGAUGCAAAGUUCGGACCAGGAACCGCGAGGAACAUACUGAAAGAGGACGAUUUAUUGGAAAUUGUAGAGUCUCAAGUGGAAAUCGAUGUGGAUCCUGUGUCGAAUGAAGAUCAGAUUUAG